AUGUUGUGCCGUCGAAUGCGUCUGACCGAGCGCCAUCUUCAGCCGCCCCGCGAACCACUGGAGGGCCCGAUCGUGCGUCCGUGCACCGCCCGGAAACUGCUGAAUCUCGACACCGGCCCGGGCAGUACCAAUCCACCUCCGUCGCCACACAACGCCAUCUCGCACGCCACCAUCACCAUUCCGACGGGCGACACAACGGAGCCGGCCUACGAGGGACAACCAUUUUCACCACGUGGUUCAAGGAAACCGAACGAGUGCCCCAAAACGCCACUGAUGAUCGUUAAUUUAAACAUUCCGCCUGGCACGGAGACGCUGGCGCCGAAAAGCGCAUCCCGAGCCGAGCGCCACAAGCUGCCACCCUUCUGCGUGCAGUACCGCAACCUGACACGCUUCUGUUCCGCGCCCGCUGCCAGUUCCGGUGUUCCAGCGACCAGCGGGGCCGGCACCACCCCGCACAUCCUCGGACCCAACGGUGGAACGGGGAGCGGUGCCAUGAUACCUCAAAUCUUCAUCCAGAGCUUCGAGCUGCAGGAUCGCCGGGCUGCGGACGGGCAGGGCCCGGUGGCGGCAGCGGGCGCCGAUGGCCAACCCGGUAGCCAGCAAUACAACAUCAUCACCGAGAAUGACGAGGACACGUUCGCCACGCUGCUGCUGGACAACAUUUCCAACAUUUCGCUCGAAAUGAUUCAGCGCCACCAGCAGAAGCUGCUCGGCACGGCGGGAUCUUCGCUAACCGAGGGUCAUCUGGUGACGGGGGCUAGCGGGGGCAGUGUUGGGACCUGUGUCCAACACGCCGACGGCUGCAGCAGUAUGGAGCGAACGGAGAGCAAGACUUCCACCGACGGAGCGCUGGCGCUGGACAUGCGGAUGGACUCAACUGAGGAGGGCGAAGGACGACGGGGGGAGAUGUCGGCUGGACAGCGCCGGUCGGGGGCCGUCCAGGAAGCGGGAGAUGAGCAGCAGUCCGACAUUCCACCCGGCUACCGGUCGCUGUGCUAUCGUACGCCGAGUCCCAAAACUCGCCAGAUUAUCCGCGUGGACAUUGUUACCAGCCGGGAAAAGUAUUGAACUCACGCAUCCUUGCGGAAAAUGCCACUGCGAUGAUUGUU